AUGAAAUCAAUUUAAUACGAUUAGACUGCUUAUGCUAAACUAUGCAAAAGCAUAUCCCAAUUAAGUUCAAUUAAAUCUUAGUUAGCAAAUAUUAAUGAUAGAUUUAAGACAUAUUAACUCAAUGCAAAUGAUUGCAUUCAUGAGUCAAUUAGUAAUCACAUUAUCAAGUUAGGCUCGUAAAUAUUUUCAUCCAAGGCUGGUUAGAAACUAUAAGCAUCAGAAAAUGAUCUAUUAGACUUUAAAAAUAUAUUACAGAUUAUCGAGAUUUCAUAGAGUUUUAUAGGGAUUUAAACUAACCUUUCAAAACUAUUGUUCUCUAAGUAACUUGAAAAACUGACCUAUCACUAUUUGAGGUCUGAAAGUGAACUCUACAGUACUGCUAACCCUGAAUGGCUUUUCAAGUAUAUGUUGGAGCAACUCUAAUCAUUUAAGGAUAAAUUUAUUAAGAUCAUUGGAGAUGAUAUUGAUCAGCUCAUUGAUAUUUAUGUUCGAAUUGUUGCCCAAUAGAUUGUCCUAGUCAGAUAUAACUUUUAAAGAGAGAUCUUGUCAGAAAAUUCAAAUGGAAUGAAUGUUAAAGAAGUUAAUUUAAAGUUUCUUAAUACAGUUAUUAACUAUGAUCAUUUGAUUUUAAAGCUAAAUAUCAGAGAAUCAUAAGAAUUGCCUAUUACUAUACUCGGAUUAAUGAUUGAAUAGGAUUAAAUUAGGCAUGAAGUUAUAGAGCUAUUGAAAAAUGAACUCAUCGAGAUAUUCACUACAUAGUAUAAUAAUCUAUAUGAAGAAAAAGGCUAAAUUCUAUUGGUUCUGAAGACUUCUUCGCUAUAAAAGCUUGUGACAGCAAAUUUAUAGAGAUUUGAGAUUUAUAGCGAAUCUGUGAGAAGAGAAGUAUUACUGUUCUAUUUAGAAAACGUAAUAAAAGUUCUUAAAAAUGCUAUCAAUGAGCAGGAGUAUCUAAUGCUUGAUCUUGCAACUAAAUCUCAUUUCAAUUAAUUUACCGAUACAUUAAGAGAGCUGAGAUAAUUUAAGAAAGAAAUUUUGAAUAGUUUAACUUGCAAUAAUCAAUUAAAAUAAGAUAUAAACUCAUUAUUCGACUAUCAGCUCUUGAAUAAACUUAAUCAACUGGUGAUUACUCACUUUGAAGCUAAAGUCAUACCUUAAAGAGACUAGAGCGAUUUUAAUACUUAGUUAAUACUAAGAUUAAAAGCCUAUUUUGCUAAAAUAUACUAGGAAUUGCAAGGUAGAGUCACUGCUAAGUGGGCGAUUAAGGUUACUAUACAAAUGCUUAUGAGAAUAAAAAAGGAUAUAGAAUAGAUUUUAUCUUAGUUUAGGAAAGAUGACUAUGCUACGAUUUAAACCUUCAAGGAACUUAAAUUUGAUCUGAAUCUGAUUAUGGACCAAUAUUCAUUUGAUUUUAAGUUUUGA